AUGAGCGAGAAAUGGAACCUCAACUCUUCAGAAAACUGGAAUCCCAUCUGGAUUAGCAAUGACACACAGCAUCAUCCAUACUCAAAUGUUAACAUUACCUAUGUGGACUACUAUCUUCAUCAACCUCAAGUGGCAGCGAUCUUCAUUAUUUCCUACUUCCUGAUUUUCUUCCUGUGCAUGGUGGGAAAUACCAUGGUUUGCUUUAUUGUAAUGAGGAACAAACACAUGCACACAGUCACAAAUUUCUUCAUCUUAAACCUGGCAAUAAGCGAUUUACUUGUUGGGAUAUUCUGUAUGCCUACAACACUGCUGGACAAUAUUAUAGCAGGAUGGCCAUUUGGAAACACAAUGUGCAAGGUCAGUGGACUAGUACAGGGAAUAUCAGUGGCAGCUUCGGUCUUCACCUUGGUUGCAAUAGCGGUGGAUAGAUUCAGAUGUGUGGUCUACCCUUUUAAGCCAAAGCUCACUGUCAAGACAGCGUUUGUCACUAUUGUGAUCAUCUGGGUCCUGGCCAUCACCAUUAUAUCUCCAUCUGCAGUAAUGUUACAAGUACAAGAAGAAAAAUACUACCGAGUGAGACUCAGCUCCCAGAAUAAAACCAGCACAGUCUACUGGUGCCGGGAGGACUGGCCAAACCAGGAAAUGAGGAAGAUCUACACUACUGUGCUGUUUGGCACCAUUUACCUGGCCCCGUUGUCCCUCAUUGUUGUCAUGUAUGGAAGGAUUGGGGCUUCGCUCUUCAAGUCUGCAGCACGCUACACAGGCAAGCAGAGCCAGGAGCAGUGGCACAUGUCCAAGAAGAAGCAGAAGGUCAUCAAGAUGCUGUUGACAGUGGCGCUGCUAUUCAUCCUCUCCUGGCUGCCCCUGUGGACUCUUAUGAUGCUCUCAGACUAUGCUGACUUGUCUCCAAGUGAACUGCACAUUAUCAACAUCUAUAUCUAUCCUUUUGCCCACUGGCUUGCCUUUUGCAACAGCAGUGUCAACCCCAUCAUUUAUGGUUUCUUCAAUGAAAAUUUUCACAGUGGUUUCCAAGAUGCCUUCCAAAUACAGAUCUGCCAAAGGAAAGCAAAACCCCAGGAGGCCUAUGUCCUACAAGCUCAAAGCAACAUGGUCAUAAACACAUCUGGCCAGCUCACUCAGGAACCUGCACCUCAAAAGCCAUGUGGGGAAAAUUUGCUGUGUAGAAAAAGUGCUGAGAAUCCAAACAGAGAUUAA